AUGGCCUGCAGAGGGAGGAGCCGGCAGAGAGGGGAGAUUGCAGAGGGAGGGGCCGGCGGAAGGAGGAGCCAGAGGACAGAAGAGCGGGCGGAGGAGGAGCCUGCAGAGGGAGGAACCAACAGAGGGCGGAGCCUGCAGAGGGAGGAGCUCACAGAGAGAGGAAAUUGCAGAGGGAGGAGCCGGCAGAGGGAGGAGCCCGCAGAGAGAGGAGAUUGCAGAGGGAGGGGCCGGCAGAGGGAGGAACCGACAGAGGGCGGAGCCGGCAGAGGGAGGGGACGGCGGAAGGAGGAGCCGGCAGAGGGAGGAGCCGGCAGAGAGAGGAGAUUGCAGAGGGAGGAGCCGGCAGAAGGAGGAGCCGACAGAGGGCGGAGCCGGCAGAGGGAGGGGACGGCGGAAGGAGGAGCCAGCAGAGGGCGGAGCCGGCAGAGUGCGGAGCCGGCAGAGGGAGGAGCCCGCAGAGGGAGGAGCCGGAGGAGGGAGGAGCCGGCGGAGGGAGGAGCAGGCAGAGAGAGGAGAUUGCAGAGGGAGGAGCGGGCAGAAGGAGGAGCCGGCGGAGGGAGGAGCCGGCGGAGGGAGGAGCCGGCGGAGGGAGGAGCCAGGGGUAGGAGGCGCGGGCUGAGGAGUUGGUGA